AUGUCUUCCAACAUCAAGAUCGACUCCAACCUACCCGCUGAUACAGUAUGGUUCAUCACUGGCUGUUCAUCCGGCAUUGGAAGAUCUCUCGCCCAAGAAAUCUUCAACGCAACAACCCAUUCCAUCAUAGCCACAGCCCGCAACCCCUCAUCUCUCACCUAUCUCCCUAAAUCUCCACGUGUUCUUGCUCUCGCCCUCGAUGUAACUUCGCAAUCCUCCGUUACCAAAGCUCUAGCUAGUGGUCUAUCCACUUUCAAACACAUUGAUAUCCUCGUCAAUAAUGCCGGCUAUAGUGUUUUGGGCGAUACAGAAUUCAUCCCCGACGACACCGCUCGCAAAAUACUAGAAACCAAUUUCUGGGGCGCAGCCCGUUUAACGAAUGAAGCUGUCAAGAUUUUUAGAGAGGUCAAUGUAGAGAAAGGUGGAUUGGUCAUGCAGAUUAGUACGAUGGGUGGUGUGAUGGCUUUUGCAGGUCAGGCUUAUUAUCACGCUAGUAAAUUCGCACUCGAAGGUUUCACCGAGUCUCUUUACCACGAAAUCCCCAAAUCCUGGAACAUACGUUUCCUGAUUAUCGAGCCGGGUGGAGUCAAAACUAACUAUGGCACCUCGUCUCUUGUCAAGAUUCCCGCACAUCCAGCUUACACAGAUCCUUCUUUCGGUACACGCCAGCUGGAGGCGUUUCUGGAGAAUCCUAAUUUUGGAGAUUACGUGGCGGAUCCGGAUAGAGUUGCACAGAUCCUCCUCGAAGCGACGGAAUUGGAAAGAAAAGGAGAAAUGGGAUUGAGGUUGCCAGUGGGCCCGGAUAGUUGGAGCUUUAUCAAGAGGAAAUAUGAAGAGGAGUUGGGGGGCUUGGAGAAAGUGAAGGAGUUGAGCUGGUCGACUGGAAAUGAGAGUAUUUUGAAGCUUACAGGAUUUUUGUAUGAGUAG